CCGCCCCCUGCCUACAUGGGGUCUUAGCAAAGCUGAUCAGGAGCGGCAGUCAGAAGAUUCGGCUCUCCGCUACGGGAGUCGACUCUUCUCGUACGUUCACCACAAAGAAUCGGUUUCUCAGAGUCGGCUCGUUCGCGAACGGCACGUCACUAUAAGGCAGCGUUACAGGCUCCAGUGCAUACGCGCCGUGGUGGAGAGCGAAGAUGGCGGCGAACGAUGUCGAACCAGAGCAGGAAUGGAGCGACCGGGCCCUGGACACAGCCGAGGACACUCUGGUGGCAAUCGAAACCCUGCUUGCCACACUGAGAGCCUUCGAGGACGUGCUGAAGCAACAACAAAUAUCCCUAACGUCUUCCGCGGAGUACUGCGACAACUUCUGUCAGGCACUGAUUCACUAUGCGGGGAACAGGAACUCCAUGGAGCAUGGUCUACCUCUUCUGGAGGUCUACUGUCUGUCCAUCAACUGCUUUGCUGCUGCGCGAUCCCACCUCACCGCAGAUUCGGACAAAGUGGCCCUUGUUUUGAAGAGACUAGCUUUGAGCUGUUUUGAGCUGCUGCUGUCAGUGCCUGAGAAUGAAAUCCCAUAUGAAGCCUGGGUUCAGUUCCACGACUCUGUUCAGAAUGCCCAUGAUACCUUGUUACAGUAUGGAAGCACAGACCUCCAAGCUUUACUCCAGAUCACAGGAGAGGGAGGUGCAUGGAGCAACCCGGUCCUUACUUCCCUUCUCACUGGUCAGCUUACCAACCCAGAUGAAGGUUUAAAUACUUACAUCAUCCUGGAAGGAGAGGGCUUCAUGGAGAUGCGAGUGAAACAUCUGGAAAAGAUGGGCGAAGUUGCCAAGGCUGUGGUGCUGGCCAAAGCUUGCAGUGAAUGCGGCGCCAUCUCCAACCAAGCUACGUUUCGACAAACAUACGUUUCCCUGCUUUGUCACCUGCUCCCCAGUGAAGAAGCCAUCAUGGAGAUAUCCAGACUUGACUGCAAGGACGUUUUAGAGAUCACAUCUAACUUGGAGACGGAGGGCGAGGAGAAUACGGCCUUCAUCUUGUGCACAACCUUCCUGACUCAUCAGCUUCAGCAGCAGAGUCUUCACUCCUCCUGGGAGUUGACUCUGUUGUGGAGUAAACUCCAGAGGAGGCUCGACCCCUCGUUGCUCUCUCUUCUGGAACGAUGCCUUCAGCUUGGUGCCAUUGCCAAAACUGUCCACCAUUUGCUUUACCUGGUCCGCGUGAUUCAGGCAGAGGCAGAGGACCUGAGCGUACCUGCCUCAGUGGAACUGUGCGUAAAAGCUCUUCAACUUCCAAAGCAGGAAGACUCGGACACUAGGACGUCAGUCUGUAAGACGGUGUCCUGUCUUCUACCCAAUGACCUUGAAGUUUUGCGUGCCUGCCAACUCACCGAGUUCCUGCUUGGCCCCAGUCAGGAGGUCUUUGCCAGUCUCGAGGAGCUCUAUUCACGUCCAGACCAAAAGAAUGACCAAGAAAAUGAAGUAAUUCCCAACUCACUACGCUGUGAGUUGUUACUAGCACUGAAAGCAUAUUGGCCUUUUGACCCUGAAUUCUGGGACUGGAAAACUCUCAAGUAUCACUGCGCCUCCUUUCUUGGACUAAUGCCAGAGUCAGAAGGGGAAGACAAUGAGGUCGCAGACAAGCAAGAAACUGUUAAACUUGAACAGCAGGAGGUGGCAAUGAAAGUAGAAGUUGAGCAUCAGGAGAAGAUAAAUGGAAGUGUGAAUGGUCUUGAGAGGCAGAAUAAAGAGCAGCUUUCUAACGUGUCAGAACCUCAAGGGGAAUCAGAGGCAGAGAACCACAAGUUUCGCUGUCGCAUUUGUAAGAGGUCUUUCUCCGACUCCCAGAUUGUUCACCACUCCAAGCGACACGCAACGGACGAACGCCACCCCUGCCCGUUGUGCUCGGACAAGUUUGACAGCAGAAAGAAGCUUGUUCCUCAUUUGAAAGAACAUGUGCACAGUGAAACGCAGCUUCACGUCGACGACGUGAAGAAAGAGAACGUGCAGAAUCCGAUAGACGAGGACGACGAAGUUGAACCGGGCGAGAUCACGGUCGACCCGUCUCUAAUGCUCUAUUACAAAUCCACAAACGACCCAGAUGUGCUGCAACACAUUGUACAGCAAGCCACGACUGUGAAGGAGAAGCAUGUGGAUGAUGACGAACACAUAACAUUCGAUUACAUCAACCAACACUUCAAGCUCCAGAACCGGGAUGAGUAUCCUUGUCCGGGAACUGGGUGUAAACGAAUCUUUAAACAUUCCAAGUACUUGUAUGUCCACUUAAAGUCCGAGCAUAAAGGGGACGACAAUGUCAAACAUUUUCACCAGAUGAGGGACAAGCGUGAGAAAUGUCUGUUCUGUCGGCGCCAUUUUGCCUCAAAUUACCAUCACCGCAAACAUCGGAAAAUUCACUAUGGUGAUCUGCCGUACAUGUGUGUAGUAAUGGGAUGCGGCGCUCAGUUUAGAACUUCCAAUGAACUCGUCACACACAAACAGACGCACGGCUAUCAGCUCAGCUUCCAGUGUGAGCUCAAAGACUGUUAUGUCACGUGCUCCGACUUGGGACAAGUCUAUCACCACGAAGCGCAGCAUUUCAGAGACGCGGCAUAUACCUGCUGCACCGCCGAAUGUAGAAAGUUUUAUUUAUCCAAAAAGGAAUUCAUUAAGCAUUUAGCCACACACAACGUAACCUUCUCUGAAAAGGACUUUGAGGCUCAGAGGAAGGCAAAGCGUAAGCUUCUUAAGACUUCGACUGAGGGGCCAGUCCGCCUUAGUAAGUGCGUUACUUCUGAAGAGGUCGUGAACGGAAGUGUCCUAAAAGCUUCAGCAGUGGCUGAUGCCUCUCUUUCUCAAGCAUCUGAUGGCAAAGAACCAAAAGGAACGAUGACCUUGGUGGCUGUGUGUUUUGAUGGUAGUAAGUUCACCUGUGGGUUUGAGAGAUGUGGCAUGACUUUCUCCAGAGCCAGAGAUGUUCAGAGGCAUCUCAAGUGUGCCCACGCGGAACAUCUUAAACUGGAGAACAAAGAACACAAACACGACAAAGAUCAGGGCACAAAGCCCAAAGGACUGAAGACGGAACCUGAGCCGGACAACGAGGAGAAGGAGGAGAGUCAACUCUCAACUCCGUCUACACCUACAGAGGCUGGUGACGAAGAGGAAGCAUCCACUCAUCCCACAAACGAUGAAGCAAACUCUUCAAGUCUUCAAGCAAAAAAUGAUGCUUUAAAGGAGAUUCUUAUUGGACUCAGUAAACUGAACCUUAAUUCCUCAUCCCCUAACAGUGAGCCGAACGAGUCCCCUCAGUCCACCUCGGAGGCUAAUACGUCGCAAACAUCUCUUCAUCGGGCAAUCAUGUCGAAGACUCCCGUUGUGUUGAUUCAUAAGAGACCUCUACAUCUGCCUGAUGAAAAAGUCACCGUCAAAGCUGAACAAAUGUCGGCAAGUGACGAAGACGUUAGUUUGGAAUCAUUAGCCAACGCAAAGCCAUAUGUCUGUGAGUUAAAGGGUUGUGACUUCAGAACUGCUCAGAGUUACAGCUUACAGCGACACUACAGCACCAAACACGGCCGCACCAUGGAACAGGCGAAAAGAAUGACGUCUUUGAAAACGACCUCUUUUAAGCCCUACGUUUGCCACCUUUGUUCCAAGAGUCAUAGACAAAAAAAUGUGUUACGGGCACACUAUCUUCAAGUACAUAAUUUGUCUAAGAGUUUAGUCGACAAAUUAAGCUGUCGGUCUGCGGGAAACAUUUGGAAAAAAGUGAGGCCUAAUUUGCUGCGCCAACCGGCAAGAAAAAAAACGACGACGAUCAGUGAAAAUGGACAAAACUGUGAUGGUCAGUCUCUACCCGAAGAGAAAAGAGAAGACAAAGCAGAAUGUAAAAAAGAAGAGGGCGAGCUGAAAGAAGAAGAAGGUGUGGAUAAGUCGACGCAACAGGUCAGAACCAGGCGCCUGGUAGCCAAAGGUAAUCUCUGCUAUAUAUUGGAUAAAUUCAGUAAGCCCUUUCAUUGUGUAGCAAAAAGCUGUGAUGCAGCUUUUUCAACCCAGGGAGGCCUUGUGCGCCAUCUCCAGUUGGUGCAUCAUUACAAUCGCUCUCAGCUCUUGUUAGAAAAAGAAAUUGAGGUGCAUCACAGUCCAGAAAUGAAGAAAGAGCCUGCCAAGAAAAGGCCUCUCCCAAACUCCGAUGAGCCUCAGCCCCAGUACAAAUGUCACUUUGCACACUGUUUGGCUUCAUACCACCUUAAAAGCAGCUUAGUGCGUCACACACGAGACUACCACUCUCAGCCGCCAGAGCUAGUAAAGUGCAAGUAUGAAGGAUGCACAAAAGUAUUUAGCCAUGACGAUGCGUUAAAAAAACACACGCUCUACAGUCACAGCGAUUACUACGAUUCACUGGUGGUACGUCUGCAGAGCACUCACAAGAAGUCCCCGACUGGAUGCCAAAAGAAGCUGAUUGUUACACCACAGAGUCCCGAGAAAGAAGAACCUGGUUCACCCACUGCAGACGCUGAGAGGUCGGGAUCUGAGUCUGAUCUGACCCCCCAGUCAGAAGAAACGGGCGAGCAGAACCCGGAGGAAAAGAACACGUCGGUGGAAGAAAAAAAGAAACCGAAAAGACAUAGUUUCAGCCAUUUUGUCUUCAGAUCUCAUGAAGAAGCGCUACAGAUGUGCCAAGAUCGCAGCCUCCCAGAGGCCUACCCAUGUAUGAUUCAGGACUGCGAUUCUGUUGUCUCUUACAUUAAGAGUCUGCAGCGCCACUAUAAGACAGUUCAUCGCAUGCGUCAGGAGGACAUUUUUAAGAAAAACCUCGUUUUUAAUGCUGAGCAGCUAGAGGAGCUGAUACAGAGGAAGUCCGCCAGACCAACUGUGGCAGGAGCAUCUAAUCCCAAUGGGGUUAGAAAAAUGGAGUAUCAGGCCGAGCCCGACAACACAGGGGGACAGUCUGCACCCGUGAGCCUGCACUCUAUCAAAUCUGAAACACAGGACGAGGAUACUCGUGAUCCCCUGGGGUUUCCAGAGGAGGAGCUGCCACUGGUUGAGAGAAAUGGCGUCCUCGUUGGCGCAGAUGAGGUUCUGUACGGUGAACUGAACACAGGCGGACACGCCGAAGAGUCCGCUGCAGCAACACACGUCAGUCACAAACAGGAGGAGAGACUAAGCUUAGAUAAAAUCAAACCUCUGCUUCGCACUGUCACCGUUGACCUCUCGCCACCAUGCUCGCUGCGCUUUACCGCCGAAGAGGGCUUCCAAGACGCGUCGAGUAACAAGGACGGCGGCAAGAAUUUAAAAGGGUCCGCAACAACACCCACUCCUUCUUUUCGCCAGCCACUGAAACGGAAAAACGAACUGUCUGAGCAGCCGUCAAACGUCAAAGACCCACAGCCUUGUAACCCCUCGCCACGCUCUUUUGACAUUGGGGGUUAUAAGCCUAUGGGAUUUGAGUCCUCAUUUCUCAAGUUCAUCCAAGACACAACUCCAAAAGACAAAAGCACUGAGGUAGCUAAACGGAGAGACACUUACAGACACAGUUGUUCGGUUAAGGAGAACAACCAGCUCGGGAUCUCUCACACACGCAGCAGAAGCACUCAUUCUCCACCACUGGAGCCCCACAUGAUAACUGGAAACUUCACUUCAGUCCAAAACUUGAAGUCCAUCCUGGACAAAGCUCUGGCUGGGUGUGGGGACCUGGCCAUUAAACAGCUUCAGUACCUCAGACCUGUGGUGGUCCUGGGGAGACCUGUAUGCACCACCACCACCUUGCCUGAACUCUUCCCGUCAGACAACAGCAAACUGCUUCUUGGAAGUUAGUUAAACUGAGCACCUUUUUAACAUGCCAUUUACAAAUCAUGCUGUAUUUUCAAAGACUGUGCAACAGUAUUUUUCUUUGUCCCAAAAUGAGAGUAUUAUGGUUUUGUUGUGGUUUGUUUUUUAAGUUGCCAAACUGAAACAUUAUCAAAACUAGCCGAAGACACAACACAAGUACACGUCACACCCCUGAGGAAAAUUGUUUUUUUUAAUGAAGGUAUUCAGAUAACACCCGUUUAACUCAAAAUGGCAUGUGUAUAUAUUGAAAUGUACAGAUUUUCACAUUGUUAGGAAUGGACUGCAGCAUAUUGCAAUGACUACUUGUGUGAAAAUGUGACUGAAAACAAUUCCCUCACUGCAAAGGUCUUAAAAAAGGAUAUGUACAGAUGUUUUUCAUUUCAGUUUAUAUUUAAUCAGUGUUGGGAUGCAGUAGACAUGUGUUGGCAGACAUGUAUGUAACACUUUCUAAUAAAACAACUUAGGUUCUGGAAGCUGCCGUCUUUUUGAGUUCUGUAAUUGAUUUUCUUUUUCUUUUUCAUAAAGGCACUGUGAAAUUAAAUCUUUUGGGUAUGUUUUGCUAUAUUAGGUGCAUGUCCUCUAUAAACACAACAUUGUGGCAGAACAAAGGUAGACUCAAUAAAACAUGAUUUAUGUGA